GAAAAAUUGAACUAGAAAUAGUGGCAAUCUCCAGAGCCAUUCACAAAAUCCGUGGGGCCCAUCAAAUUUCAAUUCAGAUUCAGAUUCUUCAGACAUAUCUUCAUAUCCAUUUUUGUUUUCUGUAUAAAUUUACACCAACAAGCUUGAUUCUUGAUUUUUCCUUCUGUUUGUGCAAAAGCUUUAUGUUUUUGUUUCUCUCUCUUUGCAGAUGAAAUCAUCUAGGCCCAGAUAAGGUUUCCAAGAUUUUUGUUCAACUAUGUUGACGGUCCAUAAUCAAGGAGCUUUUAGCAGUUGCCUAACACAUACAAUCAAGAACAUGCUGCAAGAUACUACUAAUGCCAAGUUAAUGCAUGUUAAUUCCUUGCUUCGUAUUGUCGAUUCUACGGGCCCCGUUAAGUUCCAAUGUAAUAAGGGGUGGUCGAGCUGGUUUUUCUCGCCGAAUUACACCAAUCAACUCAAACUCCAACGUUUCUCACACCAAAUCACUUCAAAGAGAUGGCUGUGUCGAUCUCAAGAUUCCAUCUCUCCCGAAAACGAAUACCGAUCGUCGCGCAAUAUAGCAAUCAGCUUGUUUAGGCGGUACCGGAAUUUCAUCGACCGUGGAGGAGGAGACAACCUAAAAGAGUUCAUCAGCGCCGGUGUGAACGCAUACGCAUUGGGAUGCACCGACGAAGGCCUGAGAAAAGAGCUUACUGAUAUGAAGGAAUCUGGAGUUAAAAUCGAAGCAAUGGAAGCUUACAGUGGAAGUACAGGUCUCAAGUCCAAGAUUAUCUCCCAAGAAGUUGAUGAAUGUAUAAUGUGGCUGAGCAUUGUAUUCAUCACAAUUCUCUGUACACCACAACCAACUAUAGUUAGAUGGUCGUCGACACCUCCGGUGUCGGACGAAAUGCUGUCACAAUGGAAGGGCUUCUGUGCAAUUAUAGCAAAUGCCUACUACAUGAGAGGAAUGGCUUGGCUACCUGUGAAGACUCUCCAAUUGGAGCAGAUGGCAGUAAUGGGCCGUGCUGAAGAACCGUCGCUUGUGGCUAGCCGAAUGAGAAUUGUGUUUAGCACACUCGAGAUUGUGAGUCCACAGUGGCCCAGAGUAUGACAGCUGUUGCUCCCCUUUCGAGAUACGAAAUACCUUUGCCAAGAUUCAGCCAAAUGUGAAAAUUGAUUCGUCAUGUGUACGUGUAUAGUGCAGGUGUUAACUGUUUCAAGUGUCUAUAAAACUAUCUUGAAUAAUGAAUAAAAUCUUAGCAUUCAUUCA